ACAUGACGUCACUGCGCUUGGCUGAGCUGCGUCUGUCUAGAAGCGACAAUAACAAGCGCAGCAACAACAUCUGACCGAGGAUACCGAGCUGCUGACAGGCUAACAGCCGACACUUUACACCAUGAAGCUGUGGGAAUAAAUCCCAGCUGCGGUUCCGUGUCCUCCAGCCUCACCACCGGGUUAUCGGUCCGGAACCAGSCGCUGGGGGAACAGGGCAUUUCGGGGCUGCAUCUGGGUCAGUGGGCCUGUCGGUGUUAAGUCGUGUCCCCGGUGUCCCGGCGCGUCUCACCGCCUUUUAUUAUCGUCGUCUCGGUUCUAAGCGGUUAGCAUGCAGGCUAAUGGGUCGGGACAGGACCGAGAGUCCGAGUUGUCCCUCCUGACCGGUACUCAGAACGGUGAGACGUCCUCCUCCGGAGUCCCACACUCCAAUGGACUUCUCAGCACCAACGGAACCGCUGUCAGCAACAACAACAACAACGGAGUGUUAUGUCACUCCGACUCUGUCUCCGACAACAACAGCACCGAGGACCAGGACCAGGACCUGGACCAGGAUGGAACCUCAGGCAGGAAGAAGAACAACCGGCUGUCAGAGUCCGAGGAGGACGUGAUCCGGCUGAUAGGACAACAUUUACACGAUCUGGGUCUGAAUCAGACGGUGGACCUUCUGAUGCAGGAGUCCGGCUGCAGACUGGAACACCCCUCUGCCACCAAGUUUCGUAAUCAUGUGAUUGAAGGAGAGUGGGACAAGGCUGAAAGUGAUCUGAAUGAGCUGAAGGCACUGAUGCAUUCUCCCAGUGCGAUCGUGCGGAUGAAGUUCCUCCUGCUGCAGCAGAAGUACCUGGAGUAUCUGGAGGAUGGGAAGGUCCUGGAGGCUCUUCAGGUUCUCAGAGCCGAGCUCACGCCUCUCAAGUAUAACACAGAGCGUAUCCACAUUCUGAGUGGGUACCUGAUGUGCAGCCACGCAGAUGACCURAGAGCCAAAGCUGAGUGGGAAGGAAAAGGCCCGGCAUCCAGAACUAAGCUGCUGGACAAACUGCAGACGUACCUGCCUCCAUCGGUGAUGCUCCCUCCUCACCGCCUGCAGACUCUCCUGAAGCAGGCCGUGGAGCUGCAAAGAGAGCGCUGCCUGUACCACAACACCAAGCUGGACUGUGGACUGGACUCUGUGUCUUUGCUGCUGGACCACACCUGCAGCCGGAAACAGUUUCCGUGCUACACUCAGCAGAUCCUCACAGAACACUGCAAUGAAGUCUGGUUCUGCAAGUUCUCCAAUGACGGCACCAAACUGGCCACGGGGUCCAAAGACACUACAGUUAUUGUGUGGCAAGUUGACAUGGAAACACAACACCUGAAGCUGUUGAAGACUCUGGAGGGCCACGCCUACGGGGUUUCCUACCUGGCUUGGAGUCCUGAUGAUGCUUAUUUAAUAGCCUGUGGUCCUGAUGACUGCUCCGAGCUGUGGCUGUGGAACAUUCAGACGGGAGAGUUACGAACAAAGAUGAGUCAGUCUCACGAAGACAGCCUGACGAGUGUGGCCUGGAACCCUGACGGUAAACGGUUCGUUACCGGAGGCCAGAGAGGCCAGUUCUACCAGUGUGAUUUAGAUGGGAACCUGUUGGACUCCUGGGAAGGGGUCCGGGUCCAGUGCCUGUGGUGUCUGAAUGACAGCCGGACCGUCCUCGCAUCUGAUACCCAUCAACGUAUCCGAGGAUAUAACUUUGAGGACCUGACAGACAGAAACAUAAUACAGGAGGACCAUCCCAUCAUGUCUUUCACUGUCUCCAAAAAUGGACGUCUGGCUCUUCUUAAUGUUGCUACUCAGGGGGUGCACCUGUGGGACCUACAGGACCGGGUUCAGGUCAGGAAGUACCAAGGGGUGACCCAGGGUUUCUACACCAUUCAUUCYUGUUUCGGAGGGCACAAUGAGGACUUCAUCGCCAGUGGCAGUGAAG